GUUUUGAUUUCGGUGCUGACGGUAAUUUUCAGGUUUUUUAAAGACGAAUCAUUCAGGAGGGUUUUGCAGCAUUUUAAGUCGAGUAGGUGCCAUGCUAACGCAGGAGGUUGGGGUUAAGAUACUUCCUUCAACGUGCUCUUACAAACACAAUCCUGCGGUCAGAGUUUUUGACCUCCGACGUACGACAGUCUGUUUCACUUUCCGAGGACACGGAUAUCCGUGAAACAUAUUGAUAACCGCCUCGGGCUGCAAUGGUUAUGAGCGCGUGCGGUACUGAUGAGAUCUAAAGGACACGAGCUGCAGUCUCGGGCAGCCUCUGUGCACCUCGUCGUUAUCACGCGCUGUGAGGUGCAGAGUUCAAUUCUGUAUACUGACCCUGAAGUUGAGUGACUCAGACUAAAGAAAAAAGGUAUUGAAACAUCCACUAUGCAGAAAAUGAAUCUGUUUCUGGUCCUGUGUGGUUUGCUUCUGCAUGUAUUUCUGCAUGCCUCAGCUGGAGAGUCGAAGGGCCAUAUAUCAGUUGUCUUGAUGGGUGCUACUGGGGAUCUAGCAAAAAAGUAUCUGUGGCAGAGCCUAUUCAGGCUGUACAUCGAUGAGAGCAGCAGGGGGUACAGUUUCUUUUUCUAUGGAGCUGCUCUUUCCAAACCAGAAACUGGCAGAGUGUUGAUGUUUCAGGUAUUAAAAGAACUUACAUGCCCUCCUGAUGUGGCACCAGAGAGAUGUAACCUGCUUAAAAGUCAGUUUUUGAGACUAAGCCAGUAUCUUCAGCUGAAAACAGAUGAAGACUAUAAGGCAUUAAAUAAAGAAAUAGAAAGUACCCUCAUACAGGAAGACCUCACAGAAGCAGGCAGGCUGUUUUACCUGUCUGUCCCACCUUUCGCCUAUGCUGAUAUUGCAAGUAAAAUUAACAGCACAUGCAGGCCAAAUUCAGGAGCUUGGAUACGUGUAGUGCUGGAAAAGCCUUUUGGGCAUGACUACAACUCUGCCCUGGAGCUUGCCAAGCAAUUACAAAACUUUUUCCAGGAAGAAGAAAUUUACAGAGUUGACCAUUAUCUUGGAAAGCAGGCUAUCUCACACAUAUUACCCUUCAGACAUGAUAAUAGACAAUUUCUGGAGCCAAUCUGGAACCAACACUAUGUUGAAAGAGUUGAAAUUGUGAUGAAGGAAACUGUUGAUGCUAAAGGUCGCAUCAGCUUUUAUGAGAAGUACGGUGUAAUCCGUGAUGUAAUUCAGAACCAUUUGACUGAGACUUUGAUGUAUAUUGCCAUGGAACAGCCAAAAAACCUUAACAGUUCCCAGGAAAUAGUCCAAAAUAAGCUACAACUCUUUGGUUCUUUGCACAAGCUUCACAAGAAGAGUGCGGUCAUUGGUCAGUACCAGCAGUACCAAGCACAGGUUCAAGAGGAGCUGGAAAAAACAGCAGAUUACACAAGCAAGAUCCCAACCUUUGCUGGUGUGCUUGUUUAUAUUGAUAAUGUCCGGUGGGAUGGCAUUCCUUUCAUACUGACCUCUGGAAAAGCUUUGGAUGAAAGAGCUGGAUAUGUUAGAGUCCUUUUUAAAAACAAAGCAUUAUGUGUGCAGAAUGAGUCUGCUAGGAAAACUGUACAAAGCCAGUGUGAUCCAAAGCAGAUUAUUUUUUACAUUGGUUAUGGAGAUCUAAAAAUGCCAGCAAUACUUAUCAGCAAAAACCUUUUUAAACCCAUUAUGCCUAUGUCAAGUUGGAAAGAAGUCAGAGACCAUCUGGAAACAACUUUGUUUGGGCAGUCUCUGUCCCAGUUUUAUAUCUAUACUCCUGUGAUGGAGACAGAAACUUACGAGUCGCUCGUAUCAAAUAUCUUCCAUGGUAAGCAGGAUUAUUUUAUCACUACUGAGCACUUGUUGGCUUCCUGGAAGUUCUGGACACCAUUACUUAACAGUUUGAUGAAUGAAGAUCUUCGUAUAUAUCCUGGAGGACCAGAAAAUAAAAACUUACUUGACUUUGUGCUUUCUGGUAAAGAAAUUAUGUUUGCCAUUGAACAACCAGUUAAUAUCCUGUCUGACAUGUCACAAAAUGAAACACCAGAUGAUUACAAAGUCAUGCAAUCUCUUUAUCGGAACAGUUCACUGGUAUCUGCAUGGGCUGAACAGCUUAUUUCAGAACUUGCUUCCUACCUUCAAGAGGCUGCAGAACAUGCUGUUAAACAGUCAGGGGUUUUCCAUCUUGCUCUUUCUGGGGGUUCAAGCCCUGUGGUUCUUUUUCAGAGACUGGUUUGGCAUCAUCAUUCAUUUCCCUGGAAGCAAACUCAUUUAUGGAUGGUAGAUGAAAGGUGUGUUCCCCUUACAGACCCGGAGUCCAAUUUCAGGAAUGUGCAUGACAAUUUGGUUCAGUACCUCAAGAUUCCUUAUUUUAACAUUCACCCAAUGCCUGUGCACAUGCAACAACGGCUUUGUGCCGAAGAGGAUAAGGGAACAGAAGCUUAUGCAAGUGACAUCACAGCACUGGUUAAUGAUACAAGAUUUGAUUUUGUAUUACUAGGGGUAGGGACUGAUGGCCAUACAGCAUCGUUGUUCCCAAAUUCGAAUGCUGGCCUUAAGGGGAAGGAGAUGGUAGUUUUCACAGAAAGCCCCAUAAAGCCUCAUCAGCGGAUGAGUCUCAGUCUGUCUGUAAUUAACCGAGCUAAACAGAUAGGUGUUCUUGUCACUGGUCGAGGAAAACAUGACAUUGUGACUCAAAUUAGUAGAGUGGGGCAGAGGCCCAAGACUUGGCCUAUUACAGGGGUGCAGCCUAAAAAUGGCAAAAUGGUUUGGUUCAUUGACUAUGAAGCUCUGCUGAUGUAAAAAGGAACAUUGUUUUUUGCUGUACCCCCCACCAGCAAAAAAACAACAAACGUACAGCUGGUGUAGACUUUUUUGCCCUUUUUGUAUAGGGCUAAGUCACAUUCCACACUGAUGGUUAGCAGUACUUUCUGUUUCUGACCUAAUGUAACUACUUUUUAUCCGGACUUUAACUUGUAUUAAAGAAAGUUGUAGAUCA